GCGCCCGCCGCGGCGCGGCUCCGGCGAGCGGCCGAGCGCCGCCGCAUCCGACUACUCCUCAUGCCUGAUGGAAUGGUGACCACCCGCGCGGACGACGGGGACGGCGAAAACGCUCGGACCGCCCUUUUUCUCGCGCGCAGGCCAAACGCCGACGCAAUGGUAGCCACUACGACGCCGCGCGCGACGCGAUCCGGUGGCGCGUCGAGUGGCGCGUCGACGGCGCGACGCUCGUCGACGAGCGCGCCGACGAGCGGACGCCCCUCCGGGAGCUUCUGGCCGCCCACGCGGCCGCCGCCGGGCGCCGACCGCCGGUCGCGUGCGACCUGCAAGACCCGGAGACCUUCGCACUCCUCCUCCUCCGGGCGCCCGGUCCGGCCAACGACCCGCGCUACGAUCGGCUCGAUCCCAGCGUAGGCCUCGACCUCAACCUCGCCGACCGGUGCGUUAUCGAGUACCCCCAGAUUGUUGUCGCGCGGCCGGGCGACGUCGAUCGGCGCUUUCGCCUCGCGCCGAAUCCCGUCCAGCUCUUCUUCGCGGACGACCAGUCCACGUCUGCAGGCGGGCACGGGGAAAUGAGAAGGGCGUAA